AUGCCCAUCACGCUGCUGUGGGCCGUGGACGUGUACGGCAGGGUGUACAGCCUGUCCACGGCUGGGCUGAGCUGGGUGCGCGCUGACGACAUGCUGCUGGAGCUGAAGCGCGUCACUGCAGGCAAGGGGCGCUGCUGGGGCAUCGGCUGUGACCACCAUGUUUACCUGCACAUAAUACCCAGCGAGACCCCCAUCCGCUACCGGGAGGAGACCUAUGAAAACCAGCGGUGGAACCCCGUGGACGGCUUCACUGACGUCCUGCUACCCACAGACCGCUGGCCGUGGAGUGAUGUGACGGGGAUGAAUCCUCAGCCGCUCCACAGCUUCCAGCUGCCCUCCAGAAGCUGGGAGUGGGAAGGAGACUGGUAUGUGGAUCAGACCUGUGGAGGAGAACCUAGCCAGACUGGGGGCUGGGAAUACGCUGUUGAUUUCCCAGCUAACUUCUCCCCGGACAAGAAGUGGAACUCCUGCGUCCGUCGUAGACGCUGGAUCCGUUACAGAAGAUACACCGCACAGGGCACUUGGGCAAAGAUCCCUUUGGACAAUCCCAGGAAGCCCCCGCUGCCGCUCUGUGACAUCAGCUGCGGUGGCUGGGAGAUGAGCGACCAAUCCGGGCGGUAUCCGUACCUCUGGGGCGUGUCCCAACAAGGACAGGUGUGGUUCAGGGAGGGUAUCCACCCUCGUGUCCCCGAGGGAACCAGCUGGGAGGAGGUGGAGGUGCCCAAAGAGGUAGCUCAAUUAUCAGCCGGCCCCGGGGACCUCCUGUGGGCUUUACUGUGGGAUGGAAACCUGCUGGUUCGUACUGGACUCAGCCUGGACAGCCCAAUUGGCACCUCCUGGGUGGAGGUGGAAUCACCCACCAAGGAAGUCGAAGCUCUUCAUGUGUCUGUUGGAGCCAGCGUGGUCUGGGUGGUCACUAAGGACUACAAGGUGUGGUUCAGGCGUGGAGUGAACUCCCACAACCCCCGUGGCUCUGGCUGGAUCAGUGUCGGAGGAGAAAUGAUGGUGGUGGAUGUAGGACUCAACGACCAGGUGUGGGCAGUUGGAGAAGACCGGGGUUUGUAUUUUAGAAUGGGGGUGACCCCGUCUGAACCAAGUGGAAGUGGCUGGAUCCCAGUUUUGGCCCAGUGGGGCAGCAAUAAAGACGUUAUCCCCCCCAGGGAUGAUGAGUUCAUUAACCAGCGGACUGAGGCCUGUCAAGGUUCUGCACCGAGCUGCACCGACUCAGAAUCAGAGUUAGGUCCUCCUGACCCACAGCACGCCGACACCCCGGCACUGGAGGCACAAGCUCCCUCUAUAGUCCCCUUAGGGGCAGCUGACACAUCUGCAUCACCACAGGAGCUAAAAGAGACUCCUUCAGCCCCCCAGCAAGAUGCCCCCAAACCUUUCAUCCCUGCUAGUGACAGCUUCAUCAACAGCCUGGUUUCUGACCGCGACCGGACUCUCACUCCGCAAGCGUCCAUCACAGAGACGCCACACGAAGAUGGCGAGGAGCAACCCCCAGCCGCGAUCCUUCCAACACCUCCGGCAGCAGGACACAACAUCCCCUGGAUGAACGUGGACCUGGAGGGGGCAGAGACGGCGCGAGCUGAGCAGGCGGUUGGGCGUGCAUCAGGUGACGGCCUCGGGGCUCUGGAGAGCUCGCAGCGCAUCGGGGAGGAUGACGUACCGGUGUGGGCUUGGGUUUCCGGUGGCGGCUGUGACGUGGACGCAAGCUCCCAGAUCAGCUGGCUCAGUCCUACAGGUCCACUCACCAGCUCCGUGUCGCUGACUCCGGUUCAGUCAGCAGCUUGGAGCGAACGGCCUCGACAACAGGAACGCAGAGAGGAGAUCAGCAAGAAACCGCUGGAGAGAAGCAACUCGGUGUGGGUGCGUAAAGGUACGCUGCGUUGGUGGAGGGACUGGAAGCCGCAGCGCUGGGUGGACGUGGGCGUUGCUCUCGAGCAAUCCACCAGGUCGGAUGGAAGGAAGGACAGCAUUUUUUUUGUCUACUACACGCAGUACGACGAGAAGAAGUACCUCCACGUGUUUAUAAAUGAGGUGACGGUGCUGGUUCCGGUUCUGCGGGACUGCCACUACGCGUUUGCCGUGUAUUCAGCCGAAAGGACCCAACAGAGGUGGCCUCUGCUUUUAGCAGCACAAACCGAGAAGGACAUGAACGACUGGCUGAGCCUGUUGUCUGACUGUUGCUGCGAGUAUCGAGGGAUCACCGGCGCUCCGUCCAGGCAAGCCCUGUGGUCCACUACUUCAAAUGGAGACGUUCUGGUCCACGAGCCGUCCUUGUCUCUGGAGGCUCCUGCCCACGCCCCGGCCUCUGACCUCAUGUUUUGGCGCCAGGUCCAGGGGCACCUGCGCUGUGUAGAGUCUAACUGCCUGGGGCUGGUGUGGGGCAUCGGGUGGGACGGCACCGCCUGGGUUUACAGUGGGAACUUUGGGCAACAGCUCAGUCCAGACGGCGCUCAGCUGCACCAGCAGACGGACGUCAGGAGUAUCCACGUGUACGAGAAUCAGAGGUGGAACCCCAUGACUGGAUACACAGACAAAGGACUUCCUACGGACCGUCCGAUGUGGAGCGAUGAGAGCGGGCUGAAGGAGUGCACCAAAGGCAGCACGCACCCACCCACCCCGCAGUGGUCCUGGGUGUCAGAGUGGACCGUGGACUACAACGUCCCAGGAGGGACAGACAAAGAAGGCUGGCAGUACGCUGCAGACUUCCCCACGACGUUUCACGGGCACAAAACUAUGAAGGACUUUGUUCGCCGCAGGAGAUGGACGAGGAAGUGUAAGAUAACGGUGAGAGGGCCGUGGAGGAUGGUGCCACCGAUCCGCCUGAGCGACAUCUCUCUGAUGCCAUGCCUGGCUCAGAGCAGCGUGGACCAGGUCCCCGUUUGGGCCGUCAGUGACAAGGGAGACGUCUUGUGUCGGUUGGGGGUAACGCCUCAAAACCCAGCUGGCAGCUCCUGGCUGCAUGUGGGCACAGAUCAGCCCUUUAAGUCCAUCUCGAUCGGAGGAGCCAAUCAAGUGUGGGCCAUCGCCAAGGAUGGAGCCGUCUUCUACAGAGGGUCAGUGUCCCCGCAAAACCCCGCAGGAGAAUGUUGGUACCACAUCCCCUCCCCCCAGAGACAGACCCUCAGACAGCUCUCUGUGGGCAGGACUUCUGUCUUUGCUGUAGAUGAAAACAGCAACCUGUGGUACAGACAGGGCCUCACACCCAGCUACCCUCAGGGCUCCGCCUGGGAGCUCAUCUCCAACAACGUCACCAAGGUGUCCGUGGGACCGUUGGACCAGGUCUGGACCAUCGCCGAUGGAGUUCCAGGUUUCCCAGCUGAGACUCCUGGAGCCAUCAGCCACAGACUGGGCGUGGGGCCCCUGCAGCCCAAGGGCCUCUCCUGGGACUAUGGUAUAGGGGGAGGAUGGGAGCACCUCAGUGUAAGGGGGAACUCAGCAGAGCCUCCGCGGGGUCCCCACCCUCCUCCUGCUGGCCCCUCACGCAGCCCAGCCCCCCAGCGAUCAGCGACUCAAGUGAACGGGAGCGCAGUGGUCGUGUAGCUUCCUCCUUCUCCUCCUCUGCCCUGCGUGUGCCUGGAUCUUCCUCCUCCUCCCUUCAUGUGAAGGGACUGCACAACCACACUUUCGACUCCGAGCUCCAGUUUGGAUGGAUGGAUGGAUGGAUGGAUGGAUGGAUGGAUGGAUGGUACAGUCCGACUCAUUGCACAAGUAGAAAUCGUUGAAAUAUUUGAA